GUGAAAUUACCAUGUCGAGCACAUGGACGUCCACAACCACGUAUCAUUUGGGAUCGAAUUGGAAAUACGGCCACACAACAAUUACACAAUCAACAACAUCAAAUUUCCAGUAAAAUUAACCAAUAUUUGGAAAGAGAUACCCAAGAAGAAGCUUUAGCCAAAACAAAAAUCAUGAGUUUACGAUCAAAACGAUCGUACAGAAUGAAACGCCAUAAGUCAAUUGCUACUGGUAAUCAAAAUAAACUACAUCGAACUUUCAAUCAUGAAUGGCAUGAUAACAAUCAAGAGAUCACAAAAGACAAAUCAAGGCGAAAAAAACGUGAAUCUGCAGAUAAUAAUGAAAGGAAUGGCAAUGUCUAUGACGAAGAUCGAUCACCAACUGGUGCCAUCCCAGUUUUGGCAUUUUCUACACAAGCACCACAAGAAGUGUCCCAACUAAAGGUGACCAAUGGUGAACUAAUUUUACUAAAUGUAACCGAACGCGAUCAGGGAUGGUAUGGGUGUGCAGCUAUAAAUGAAGCGGGUAGUGUGGUGAAAAGGAUAUUCAUUCGGGUUAUUAAUGGACGAGAUGGUAAUAAUAAUGUGCCAAUUAGUCUGGAUGGAAUUAGUUCGAGUGAUCGAUUUUCAAAUGACCAAAAUAUUCUAAUAAAUACCGUAUUAGCUACAUCACCGAACUCGCUUGAUAUCAGCUGGGAUAAUAACGGUAUACCAUCAGCUACAGCACUCAAAUUACAUUAUCGAAUUGUUGGCUCAAAUGAAUUUCAAACAGCCACCGCUAUAAUUGAUGCGAAAGAGUACACAAUCAAUGACCUUCAGGCAUAUCGAGAAUAUGAAGUGUUUGCAUCGGUUCCACAUGGAUUAAGUGGAUUAAUUUCAAACAUCCGAAAAGGAAAAACAUUGGAUGGGCCACCCAGCUCCGCACCAACCGAUAUUCGAGUUGGUAUUAUCAACAUAACAGCAGCGUAUGUGAGAUGGUCACCGCCACCUCAAAAUAUGCUCAACGGUGAACUGAUUGGUUAUAAGAUUCAAAUCAAGUCAAAUGUAACAAAUAAAUUGCUGGGACAAAUGUCUUUAAAUGCUACGACGCAAUCGGUAGUAAUAAAUAGCUUGAAUCCAGGUGGUCGAUACACAGCUCGAGUCGCAGCACAAACAGCUGGUGGCAUGGGACCAUACAGUACACCAGCUGCAUUACAUAUGGAUCCAUCAUUUAUUUCCCGUCCGCCAAAAACUGAUCCAGCUGUUGCAAUGUGGGCAACAACCUGGAUGUCUGGAAUUGCAUUGGCCAUUCUUGUGAUAACAUUAAUCAGUGCAACCAUAUUUGCACUGUACUGGGCCCGAAAGAAUAAACGCAAUAUGAAAGCAUCGUACGGACCAGGAAUUUUAACCGCAAAUACUUUGGUUGAUAAACAGCAGACACUAUGGAUGCAUGGCAAUACACUAGUAAAACCAAUACAUUCAGUAGCCAUUCAAGAUGCAAAUCUUUCCUCUGAAUAUGCUGAAGUAACACAAAUAAUGCCAAAAAAAAAUUUGCCAUCGGUGCCACCAGAACCGUAUGCAACAGUGACUUUGCAGCGCGGUACUCAAUCAGAUGAUUCAUGUAUAAAAUGUUCGACGAGUCCAUCGUCAAGUGAAUACAAUUCCCCAAUGAUUCGUGAGUCAUGUGAUGUAUUGCCUCUGCCACCACAACCACCAUCGCCACUUGACCAUCCUUAUCAUCCGCCAAAUAUGUCGAACAUGACAAUACGCACAAAUCCGGUGGCAAUGUCACCAAUAUGCCGUCGUACUGCCACUCAGUCACAUUGGCCAACACUUCCUCCACCAGUGCCACAUUUAAUUUGGCAACAACCACAACAACAACCAUCACAGCUACAACCACAACACCAAUCUAUAAAUGAUCAACAAAUAAUUUAUAAAUGUAAUCGAAAAAGAUCACCGGAAAUUGAGGUGGAAGAGAAUGAUUAUGAAAGUGGGUCGGUUUUGUACGAAGAAUGCGAUCAAAAUUUAGCAACGAAUUUUUUCAACUAUGGGGGAGAACCGACUGAGGAAUAUUAUCGGAACAUUAAUAUUAAUAUGGAAUUUUUGAAUGAAAACGAACUGGAACAAUCCAAUCCAUGCCUAGAUACAAUGCUAAAAAAUCGGCAUAAGCCACGAAAUGAUCAAAGUCCAGUAAACAGUCGAAGAUCAGGACGUAAACAAAGUGCGGAUAGCAAUCAGAAUUCCAAUGAUGAUGAUUCCACGAGCGAAAGUGAUAAUAAUCGUUGGCCAUCACGUCUGCGGCGCAGCCGUUCCAAAAGUAGUGAUCGCAAAUAUCGAAACGGUCGAACACGCCGUGAAUAGUCUCUACAAAUAAUAAAAAUCUCAUCUAUUAAAAAAUAUCAAUACAUCAUCAUGCAAAGAUUUAUUUAUACAAUUUACAAUACAUACAUAAACCUGGUAAUAUAUUUAUAUGGUUUUAGUAACUUCUGACUAAUAUGAGACUGUCGAUGAAUUUUGAGAUCUUCCAAAUUUCGUCGAAAUUACUUCUUCACUGUCUUUGAUUAGUAAAUUACUUCAAACAUAAGUGUGAAAUCGCGGUUUCGCACAUCAUUCAUUCUCAACCACUCAUAUUAUAAGCAUAUUAUAAAUUUAUGAAUUGAGUUGAUCUGAAAUCCCAUUGAAAAAAAAAAUCUAUGGAAAAAAUGUUAACGUUCUAGAUCAAGAGCCUCUUACUCUAACAAGUAACUUUUAUUUUAGCUUUAUGCCAGAAAUCUAUAUUGAACCAUGCAGCUAGACAUGCAUCAAACAAAUAAUUUUACGUUUAUCACUACAGCCACCCAUCAUUCGUGAAAUCGCGGAUAGAAUACACAUCAACUAUUAAAGCGAGCUGCAUUGUUUUAAUAUUCUCCGGUUAGAAUUUCUGCAUGAAACAACAUUAGAAAAUCUGCACGAAUAAAUUGUGUAAAAAACUAUCUGUAGUGAUAAAAGUAAAAUUAUUUGUUUGGUGCAUAUCUAGCUGCAUGGUUCAAAUUAUUUUUUAUGACAUAAAGCAAAAAUUGAAGUUACUUGUUAGAGUGGUUCUUGGUAUAUUCUAUUUUCAACGGAAUUUUGGGUCACUUUAAUUCUUACACCGUUUAAAUAUGUACUAGCAUAAGCCAAUCUCAAAUUCAUAACGGUAUGUGCGGUUAUAAUGUAAAUAUGCAUUCAUCAUAAUGAAAACAUUAAUUUUAAAGUUCAACUGGAUUUUUUUGUGCACCAGUUGAAACAACACCGAUACGGUAAUCACAUUUAGUAUUGUUAGAACAUUUUGAAAUAGUGCAUAUCUAUAUCUUUCUCUCCCCAGCUCUCUCCAUUUUGUUUUUACUUCAUAGAGAUGAAAUGUCGAGAAACGUUUAAUGACUGUCGUAGAUUAAAUUACUAUUGUGAUCAUUUUCCGGUAGGACUUUAUUUAAAAAAAGACAAGUAUACAUUUAUUCUUCCAAAUCAAUAUUAUCGCCUUCAAAGUAAUCCCCGCCCGUUGCAAUGCACUUAUGGCAACGUUUUUUCCAAUCUUCGAAACACUUUGAAAAGUCAUUUUCCGGUAUGGCCAUCAAUUCAUGCUUCGAUUUGUCUCUAAUCUCUUCAAUCGACUCGAAACGGUGUCCACGAAGCGGUCUUUUGAGUUUAGAGAAUAGCCAGAAGUCACACGGUGCUAAGUCAGGCGAAUACGGCGGUUGCGGAACGAUGUUAGUCGAAUUUUUGGCGAAAUGGUCACGAAUAAUCAAUGCAGUGUGAGCCGGUGCAUUAUCAUGAUGCAAAAACCAAGAGUUGUGGUCCCAUUAAUUUGACCUUUUGAGACGAAUGGCUUCACGCAAACGACACAUAACACCUAAAUAAUACUCUUUGUUGACAGUUUGGCCGGUUGGAAGAAAUUCAUAAUACACCACACCACGAUAAUCGAAGAAAACUGUCAACAUUACUUUGAUUUUUGAGCGACUUUGACGAGAUUUUUUCGGUUUUGGUUCACCUUUCAAACGAUAUUCGCUGGGUUGAUCGGCUGUUUCGGGGUCGUAGGCAUAGAUCCAAGUCUCAUCUCCCGUAAUGAUGCGUUCCAUGAUCGAUUCAUAGUCAGAAAUCAUUUCUUGACACACAUUUACACGACGCUCUUUUUCGAACAAAUUCAAUGUUUUUGGUACCAAUCGAGAUGCACAACGACGGAAGCUCAAAUGGUCUUUCAAAAUUAUUUGGAUCGACCCAAACGAAAUGCCAGUAAUGUCAACAAGGUCUCUAAUUGUUAAUCGACGAUUUUUCAGCACAAGAUCUUUGAUUUCCUUGACGUGUUUUUCAUCAGUUGAUGUUGAAGCUUUGGUGCUCGCAAUUGUGCUCGCGUUCUCUGCCUUCUUUGAACAACUUAUGCCAUUCAAACGCACCUGAUCUUGCCAUGCACUGCUCACUAGGGGGAGAUUGCGAAGUUGUUUACAAGAAGAAUAUAAACAAAUAUAUACGACUAUGCCACCAAUAUAUUCCAAUAUACUUAACAAAAUACUCUAGCUAUUAGAGUAUUACUCUAGUUACUUAAACGACUCACUGUAAAAAUAUUAUUGAAAAGAAAAUGUUUCAAUG